UGGCAACAGUGAUCGCAAGGCAUUUAUUAUUUACAGCAGGGAGCAACCGGAAUAAGAAGAGACAUAUUUUUCUGGAAAAAGAAGCCAGUUGUCUGGUCCGGUCCUAGACCUUUUCUAUAACGAUUAACGGUUAAAUUCACUAUUUAUAACUUUAUUGUAGACAAAAACGAUUGUUCAUCACGAUGGCUUCUUUGAACGCUUUUCCAGAUUUUCCAAGUCCUGGUGAAAUAACGGUUUGCGAGCGAGGUGGACGUAUAUGUUCCUUGCCGGCAAACGAAGUAAACGCAAGUUUGUCCUGUAAAUUGUUAUCUUAUCCGGAAAUUAACAUUGGACGAGAACUGUUUCAUCACGCUGCCACUCAUAUCCGUGAAGAUCGACGAACUAUUAUGAUGCCGGUUAAUGAAACACUUCUGAAGCGCAUCACGCGGACUUUUUUUGAAGAAGGGACUGUGGAAGCAUUGAAAGAAGCUGCUAAUUAUGCCAGUACACAGUACAACCCGCUGAUCGGUUCUAUUGCUAGGUAUAUGUUGAUUGUAGUGAGCAUUGGAAAUCACAUCAAAUUAUUUCUAAAACCUCAUCUUAAAGACCAAGGGAUAGAUUCAGUCGCAAAAUAUUCUCAGACCAAGGACUGGUCUAAAAGCGCCAUACGGUAUAUAUCUUGGCAUCCGAAUUGUUUCAAGAUAGCAAUCGCCGCAUCAGAUGAUACCAUUAGAGUAUAUAGUGACGAACCAAAUAUAGUCCCUAUUUUGAAAAGUGGUGCACAAAAAUUUGUAGGCUCGCUUGCUUGGCGUCCAUUUGCAUCAGGAGAGCUUGCUGUUGGUUGUCAAAAUGGAGUAUUGGUAUGGAAUAUUGAUCCCAAUAGUUUGAUUGCAAGACCGCUUUCGCAAGCUGUUCAGCUAAAAUAUAAACAGCAUUAUCCAGUUACAUCUGUUGAAUGGAGUCCAAAUGGGUGCUUGCUAUCGACAGCAAGUAUAAACAAUCCCGAUAUACUCAUCUGGGACGUAGACCAAAAUAGACAGGUGCCAUUACGUCGCGUAGGUCCUCCAUGUGCUCUUUUGAAAUGGUCCCCUACCGGUACUCGAUUGUGCUGCACGACUGUUGGCAACGUGUUCCGUGUAUGGCAAACUAAUAAGUGGAUUCCGGAUCGUUGGACAAUCAAUCACGGUACUAUUCAGUCCAUAGUUUGGUCGAAUUCUGGCUCCCACUUGCUUUUUGUUACUACGGAAGAUAGUUUCCUUUACUGCUUAGGAUUUGUUGAGGAUGAAGUAUUCACAUCUACAUUAGUGCCAAAAUCAGCACUACCUGUUGCAGACCUGUCAAAAAUUCUGAUUGAUCAAGUGGAAGUAGGUGGCCGUCCGCAGGCUUUGGCUUGGUGUCCCCAAAGUCAAUAUUUGGCUAUUACGUUUAAAGAUACGUCUGCGAUAGCAAUUUUUAAUACAGUUAUCAAUCGGACUCAGCUGAAUAUAUCACCGGCAUGUUUUCUUACCGGAACAGGAAUUGAAAACGCUUCUUGUAUCUGUUUUCAACUAAAUCUUGGGAGGCGCUCAAACGAGAAAAUGAAAACGGUUUUGACUAUAGGUUGGUCCAGUGGAAGAAUACAAUAUUUCCCAUUUGUUUAGUUAUUUUAUUGAAUUAGCAUUUUCAUGGUCGAUAUAUUUUUAGUUAAUAAAAUGAGUAACAUCACCUA